UAGGCGCGCGACAUACAGACUGGGUCAGGAGAAGUAGAUGAAACGGUGCACGCGAUGAAACGGUGCUGGGCUGGAACCCAAUAGCGAGUGAUUUCGACUCAUUAUAGAGUAGCUGGCUUCCAGAAAGUUCACUUGUAUAGUUUGCUUUUCUCUCGGAUUCACGUCGAGACGAAACUAUUAAAGGCAGCACUGCCUAUGUCCUUAAUGAUAAGCACUCACGUGCGAGCUGUAGCUCUCGAGCGUAGGCUUUAUUCAUCAGAUCAGUAGCAUUUCAGCAGCUUUGGCGUACGCAGCCUUGACAUUCACAGAAAGUUACGUCGGAUCUGGGCUUUACAGGUCUGCCGUUUUCUUGAGACACGCGAUCACUUUCCUGGCACAUAGUUUGUCUCGGUGCAAAAAGAAAAGAUGCUGCUGAAAGUGGGAGGGAUGCGUGCCGCUCUGGGCAUGCUGGCGGUGCGCAGGGCCUGCUGUCUGUCCCGCUCCGCUCAUACAUCAUCACAGGCCCUGGAGUACAAGCCCAUUAAAAAAGUCAUGGUGGCCAACAGAGGAGAGAUUGCGAUCCGGGUGUUCCGGGCGUGUACAGAGCUGGGCAUCCGGACGGUGGCCGUGUACUCGGAGCAGGACACUGGCCAGAUGCACAGGCAGAAAGCAGACGAGGCCUACCUCAUAGGAAGGGGCCUGCCGCCUGUCGCUGCUUAUCUCCACAUACCUGACAUCAUCAAAGUGGCCAAGGAGAAUGACGUAGACGCUAUCCACCCAGGCUACGGCUUUCUGUCCGAGAGGGCCGAUUUUGCUCAGGCGUGUGCCGACGCUGGUGUGCGCUUUAUCGGCCCUUCUUCUGAGGUCGUCCGUAAGAUGGGUGACAAGGUGGAAGCUCGUGCCAUUGCUAUCCGUGCUGGUGUGCCAGUGGUCCCUGGAACAGAUGCUCCUAUCUCCUCCUUGCAGGAAGCGCAGGAGUUUUCCAACACGUAUGGCUUCCCGAUCAUUUUCAAGGCGGCGUACGGGGGCGGGGGUCGCGGCAUGCGGGUGGUGCGGGAGUACGAGGAGCUGGAAGAAAACUACCAACGGGCCUACUCUGAAGCCCUGGCUGCCUUUGGCAAUGGAGCCCUGUUUGUGGAGAAAUUCAUUGAGAAGCCAAGGCACAUUGAAGUGCAAAUCCUGGGUGAUAAGUACGGGAACGUGAUUCACCUGUACGAGAGGGACUGCUCUAUCCAGAGGAGACACCAGAAGGUGGUGGAGAUCGCUCCAGCCACGCAGUUAGACCCCCACCUCAGAGACAGACUAACCGCCGACUCGGUGAACCUAGCCAAACAGGUCGGCUACGAGAAUGCUGGCACAGUCGAGUUCCUGGUGGAUAAGAAUGGAAAGCACUACUUCAUCGAGGUGAACUCUCGUCUCCAGGUGGAACAUACAGUUACCGAGGAGGUCACAGAUGUGGACUUGGUGCACGCUCAGCUGCGGGUGUGUGAAGGCCGCAGCCUGCCCGAGCUGGGUCUGAAGCAGGAUAAAAUCAAGAUCAAUGGCUCUGCCAUCCAGUGCCGUGUGACCACUGAGGACCCUGCGCGGGGCUUCCAGCCGGACACAGGGAGACUAGAGGUUUUUCGCAGCGGUGAAGGGAUGGGCAUCCGGCUAGACAGUGCCUCUGCCUUCCAGGGCGCCGUGAUCUCCCCACACUAUGAUUCUCUCCUGGUUAAAGUCAUUGCCAGCGGUAAGGACCUUCCUGCUGCCGCUGCCAAAAUGAGCCGGGCCCUUGCCGAGUUCCGCGUGCGUGGGGUCAAGACAAAUAUCCCUUUCCUCCAGAACGUGUUGAGUAAUGACCAGUUCCUUUAUGGCACCGUGGACACGCAGUUCAUCGAUGAGAACCCGGACCUUUUCAACCUCAAACCUGUUCAGAACCGAGCCCAGAAACUCCUGCAUUAUCUGGGUCAUGUCAUGGUGAAUGGCCCAACGACUCCCAUCCCUGUAAAGGCUAAGCCUUCCUCCAUUGAUCCAGUCGUCCCAGCAGUGCCUCUUGGAGCGCCUCCAACGGGUUUUAGGGAUGUGUUGCUGAAAGAAGGCCCUGAAGGCUUUGCCAAAGCGGUGCGUGCCCACAAAGGUCUGCUUUUGAUGGACACGACCUUCAGAGAUGCCCACCAGUCUCUGCUGGCCACUCGGGUGCGCACUCAUGACCUCAAAAAGAUUGCACCAUUUGUGGCUCACAACUUCAACAGCCUCUUCAGCAUGGAAAACUGGGGAGGUGCUACAUUUGAUGUGGCAAUGCGCUUCUUGUGGGAGUGUCCUUGGAAGAGGUUGCAGGAGCUGAGGUCUCUGAUCCCCAACGUGCCUUUCCAGAUGCUUCUGAGAGGAGCCAACGCUGUGGGAUAUACAAACUACCCAGACAACUCAGUCUACAAGUUCUGCGAGGUGGCCAAAGAGAACGGCAUGGACAUCUUCCGUGUCUUUGACUCUCUGAACUACCUGCCCAACAUGCUGCUGGGAAUGGAGGCAGCUGGCGCAGCGGGAGGUGUGGUGGAAGCAGCCAUCUCUUACACAGGCGACGUCUCUGACCCCAUGAGACAGAAGUACUCUCUGGAUUACUACUUGAAGCUGGCUGAUGAGCUUGUGAAGGCUGGCACGCACAUACUUUGCAUCAAGGACAUGGCCGGGUUGCUGAAACCAGAAGCUAGCAGUUUGCUGAUUGGUGCGUUGAGGGAUCGUUUUCCUGACACGCCCAUUCACGUGCACACUCAUGACACGGCGGGAGCGGGCGUGGCAGCCAUGUUGGCGUGUGCUGAAGCUGGAGCUGACAUCGUGGACGUUGCAGCGGACUCCAUGGCGGGUAUGACCUCCCAGCCCAGCAUGGGUGCCAUCGUCGCCUGCACCAAAGGAAACAAACACAACACAGGCAUAUCUCUGGAUAAGGUCUUUGACUACAGUGAGUACUGGGAAGUGGCCCGUGGUCUCUAUGCUCCAUUUGACUGCACAGCCACUAUGAAAUCUGGGAAUGCAGACGUCUAUGAGAACGAGAUCCCGGGAGGCCAGUACACCAACCUGCACUUUCAGGCUCACAGCAUGGGCCUAGGCAACAAGUUCAAGGAGGUGAAGAAAGCCUAUGCUGAGGCCAACAAACUGCUGGGAGACCUCAUCAAGGUGACCCCCUCUUCAAAGAUCGUGGGCGACCUGGCACAGUUCAUGGUGCAGAACUCCCUGACGCGGGAAGAGGUGGAAGAGCGGGCCGAUGAGCUCUCCUUCCCUCUCUCGGUGGUGGAGUUUCUGCAGGGCCACAUCGGCAUCCCACAUGGAGGCUUCCCUGAGCCGUUCAGGUCUAAGGUGUUGAAAUCACUGCCUCGUGUAGAGGGUCGUCCAGGUGCUUCGCUCCCCCCGAUGGACUUCAAGGCUUUGGAGAAGCAGCUGCGCGAGACACAUGGUGAUGACAUCACUCCAGAGGAUGUGAUGUCAGCAGCCAUGUACCCCAAAGUGUUCCAGGAAUUCAAAGAGUUCACCACCUCCUUCGGACCUGUCGACUGCCUCAACACCCGCCUCUUCCUGGAGGGGCCAAAGAUCGCAGAGGAGUUUGAGGUGGAGCUGGAGAGAGGGAAGACUCUCCAUAUUAAAGCUCUGGCACUGGGGGAUCUAAACAAGGCCGGUCAGAGAGAGGUCUUCUUCGAGCUCAAUGGUCAGCUGAGGUCUGUCCUGGUCAGAGACACCGUGGCCCUGAAGGAAAUGCACUUCCACCCAAAGGCUCUGAAGGACGUGCGGGGCCAGGUGGGAGCGCCCAUGCCAGGGAAAGUGGUCGAGGUCAAGGUCAAGGAGGGCCAGCAUGUGGAGAAAGGCCAGCCUCUGUGCGUCCUCAGCGCCAUGAAGAUGGAGACGGUAGUGAACUCGCCGCUUUCCGGCACCGUGGAUAAAGUUUACGUCAAAGUUGACAGCACCCUGGAAGGCGAUGACCUCAUUCUGGAGAUCACAGAGUAAACAGAGCAACAUCGCAAAACAUCCAGGAUACAGCUUGGAAAAUGAUCAGCUCCUGUAUGGGGCUUUACACAAGCACAGAAACAUACAUACAUACACACACACACACACACACACACACACAAUACAAAAGCCCACACAUUUUGAAGCAGAUGUAUGCACAGAUUUUGUAACUGACAGAGGGAGGGAGUUCAAUAUUUAGUCUUAAAUGAUCUACACAUAGUUAUUGCCUAAUGUAUCUGGAAAUUAGUGUUUGUGCACUGGGUACAGAAGAGUUCUUGUUUUUGUGUCAUCUGAAUCUAUUUUACAUAAUCACCUGUCAUGUGUAAUCACCAGAGCUAAUGAUCCAUGAGCUGGAAACUAGUGUCACAUUAACAUUGAGUGUCUCUUUUAAUGUUGAUGUCAUUAUGUCUUAGAAAUAUGUAGAAAUAGGAUUGUGGCGGUAAAGAGAUGUUUCAUUAAAAAAAAAAAAAGAGCAGUAAAUGAAGAGGGUAUAAUUAUGAAAUUAUGAGUAGAUUCAAAUUUGCACAAAAAUAAAUAUAAAUAGGUCUAAAAAUAAAUACAAAAAGAUCUAAUUUCUUAUCCCGUAAGCUUUUGGGUGUUGCCUUUAAUCCUGAAGAAACCAAAAGAGAAAUGAAAGUGCCCACGUAACCCGCACCUUUGCCUUCUGCCUUUUUCUGUUCAGUUGAGAUCAUUUCAGACUUUUUAUUGUUAGGUAACACAUUUCCACUCACUGACAAAAAUAUUCAUUUACAAAGCGAAGUAAUAACGUCAUGAUGAAUGUAUGGCCUUGUUAGCACAGAGCCUGAGUGCUCUGCUGUGGUUUACCCAGAAUGCAUUAGUCAGAGUUAAAGAGUUGGCUGGCUAGCCACUGAUGCGUUCUUGGCUGAAUUUCAAUUAUCACAAUGAGCACUGAUGAUGAGAUGAGGUCCCAUGAAACCCUGGAGUCCCAGAGCUCAUGCAGAAUGCAGAGUUAGCAGGAACCUCGUUCCCUGACGCUGAUCUCAAAUUAUUGUUCCAAUUUUCCCCUUGAAUGUGAAUAUAACACCAGUCCUGUUACAUUCCUCCUGGGAUCAGACGCACCAUGUUUUGGCCUGCAGAGCUGUGUUCCUUAGGUUUCUUUCCUUUUCUGUCACUCACUACAGCACUGCCACUGGAGGUUUCUCAUUUGAAGUGUUAUCUUUUGUAGCUGGGAAUCAAAUGUGAGGUUUGCAAGAGCCGUCUAUGGAGAGCACUCAACACCGAGCGUUCAGACACUUGAAUAGUGGCGAAUUGGUAAUCCAUUAGGCAACACCUGGAGUGCCUCGGCUUCAGCUUUGGAGUACUGUUAAAUUGGGGACUAACGUUUGCUCACUAUUGCUGUCUUUUAACCUAUUAACAUUAAUCUCUCAAUACAGUUGAAGAGGUCUGGUGUAACCAUGUUAACUAUGCUAAUUUUAGUCUAUAGACACAACUCACAUGCUACAACUGUAAAUUGAUGAUAUUGUAGAACUGAAAUAUCCUUGUCCCAUUGUGCACUUGUGGAAAAAUAAACUGGAAUGGCUGCUAAAGAAAUGUUCAACCUAAUGUCCCUCCACAGCAUUCUUACAACACGUUUCCCAAUGCUGAGAAAUCAACAUCGAAUCCCAUUUGCUGAAACUCAUAAAUGGAGUCUAAGGGCAGUUGUUAAAUUCUAUCAAACACUUUUAAGAGUGCAAAACUACAAGCAGUACAUCAAUAAAGGUGCAAUUAUGAGACAGAUAUGAGAAGUCUUACCAACGCUGGUCUUAUGCAGAUUUAUAUAGCUUUCAACCACUUGGGCAAUACAAUAGGAAGCAGUUCUGUUUACUUUUAAUUUCCUGAAGAUUUGUGGUAUCCAUGAGCAAUCUGUUGGAAAGUAAUGACUAACUGUAGCUGCAAAAUUUCCGCUGUAUAGAAAGUAAGGCACUAAACUGAAUCCACUUGUUUUACUUAUCUUAUUAGAGCAGUGGGUUACUUUUUACUGAUACUUUCUCAGAAAUUUAGCUUAUGUUUUAUAUUUUGUGGAAGCAUGGUGGCACAGCGGGUAGCUUUGCCACCUCAGGGUCACUGGUUCAAUCCAGAGCUCAGUUUACUGUCUGUAUGGACUUCCACAUGUUCUCCCCAUGUUUACUUGGGUUUCCUCUGGGUUCAUUGGUUUCCUCCCACCUCCCAAAAUCAUGCCAUCAGGUGGUUUGGCUGUGCUAAAUUGCCCUUCAUUGUGAAUUUGUGAGUGUAUAAUGUGCUGCAAUGGACUUACCUGUCCUUAAGAGUGUAUUCCCUCCUCACGCCAGGUUGCUCAGGAUAGGCUCUGGAAUCCACCAUGACCCUGACCAGGAUACAGUGUUUACUGAAAAUGAAUGAUUGACUUAUUACAUCUGAAAAGAUUUAUACCAAUGAAGAGCUUAAUUUACAUAUUAGUUUGAACUGAAGAAUAAAUUGUUUCUUUUAAACAGUGAUUUACUGCCCCAACAGCUACCCUUAGACUUCCAUUGUUAGUGGUUAGGUCCUUCUUUGUUUUCUCAGUACAGAGAAACAUGUUGAAAUGUUUUGUACGUAUGUGCUCCAAUCACUUUAAAAGGAAAACGUGUACAGCUGCUCAUUCAUGCUAUUAUCCAGCUGAUGUCUUUCCACUCUUCAGCUGUCCGGGAGUGAAACCCCAUGUGGUCCUUCUGCUCUUGUAGCAGAAGAUCCACCUCAGGGUUUGAUGUGUUGUGCAUACCGAGAUGCUUUUCUGAUCACCACGGUUGUAGUUAUUUGGGUUACCUUGGACUUCCUGUUAGCUCAAACCAGUCUGGCCAUUCUCCUCUGACCUUUUUGAUGUGAUCAUUGACAGUAGUGCUUGACCUGUAUCUACAGCAUACAUCUGUGACAGCAUACUGCGCUGCUGUCACAUGAUUGGCUGAUUGGAUAAUUGCAUAAAUGAGCAGGGGCAGUCCAGUGAGUGUAUGUGGUAGAUAAAGAUUGGGGUGAAAAUUUCUUGUAAUAGCUGCAUAGGCGUCUUUAUACAUUUGAGAAAAUCUCAACAGCUCUGGACUUCUCGAUAUCAUGACUAGUCACUUGUAUUUGGUCCUCAUUGUGGCAUUAACUGAUGAUUUUUUUUUUUUCUAAACAGGUUUAAUGCAGCCAAAAGAAAUAUGAAGUUUUGCUAAAUGUGUAAUGAGUUUUACUAGAAAACUGCUGUUUACUUCCUGGUGUAUGAGGGUUUUACAAAUGGAACAAAGAUGUUUCUAAAUUCCUGCACUUAUUUCAAACUGAAAUCCAGUAUGCUAAAUUAUAGAUAUUAAUAAUCAGGAUCAUGCUGGAGAGAAGUGGAUCUAAUCUUACAGGCUUGUUGGGAAUGAUAGAUUUAAUAGUGUUUAUCUCGGUGUGCGUUUAUUUCCCUGACAUAUGUUAUAAUACUGAUUUGUAAGAGUUUAUGCAAAUACUAAUUCACCAUUUGGUGUAUCUUGAAAAAACUAAUAUAAAAUAAAAAUGAUAAUGAACUGA